CGUUGACGUCACAUCCAGUUUCUUCCCAGCUGGAUGAAAUAACAAAACAACGACAUCUGUCCUUGUUCUCAUUUUCGAAUAAACUACGAAAUAAGAUGGUAUGAAACAAUCAAUGUAAUCUAGCCAUAUUAGCCAACCUAUUCGACGGGAUACUGGUAGAUAGCAAUACAAUAUGAUCAGUUCUUAGCUAGUUCUAACGUCAGAGCUAGCUAGCUAACUGAUAGUUAGCCAUUGCUUGCUAAUAUGACGGACGUUUCUCCAAUCCAAUGGAGCCAACAAGCAAGCUAUAGCUAAUAACAGCCGCAGUUUAACCAAGGUUGAAAAGAUGGCUAGGAUUUCGGUCAGCUACAUUCUUCUUUGCGGGCAAGUUCUCUUGCUACUGACAGUGUUGCUUUUGCAAUGUUUGGAAGGAAUACGCUCCCAGAAUUCAUCAGACUCAUCCGGACAGAGAGCAACAACAGCUGCAUUCAGUGAGCAGCCACAGGAGAACGUCACGUCGUAUCAAGCGGUUGAACGCGUGAAUUAUACUGAACAAUAUGAAUACAGGCCCCCGUCGCCAGUUGUCCUCUGCAACUAUCUACCCGAGGAGUUCAUACACUGUCAAGAUCCAGUGGACCAUGCACAGAACUCCACUGCCAUUCUGGAGAUGGGACAUGGUUGUUGGAAGUUUGGAGGGCAGGUACACAAAGACGUGAAUCACACACCAGUCAUCUGCACGGCACUGGAUGAUAUUGAGUGUGCUGGACCCAGGGAGUUCCUGAGAGGGAAUGAGCCAUGCAUCAAAUACACUGGCCACUAUUUCAUCACCACUCUGCUGUACUCCUUCUUCCUGGGGUGCUUUGGAGUGGACCGGUUCUGCCUGGGGCACACAGGCACAGCCGUGGGCAAGCUGCUGACCCUAGGAGGCCUGGGCAUCUGGUGGUUCGUGGACCUCAUCCUCAUCAUCACCGGAGGCCUGAUGCCUAGUGACAACAGCAACUGGUGCACCUUUUACUGAGACCAGCGAGCAUGGAUUGAAUACCUUUUUAAGGUGGGUUUACAUUGCAGAGAUGCGGACAGAAUAUAUAUCUCUUAUUUGUGAAUUACAGUUAAGAGCAGUUUGACCACGUGUCGGAUGCCUUUCUAUCUGAUUCUCCUAGAGAAUCUUGUCACCUGACAUGCUAUCACUUUGUUUGCCAUACACAAAAAUGUAUGCACGCAUGACUGUAAGUCGCUUUGGAUAAAAGCGUCUGCUAAAUGGCAUAUUAUUAUUAUUAUUAUUUGCGCACGCCACAGAUGACCAUUAAUCGCACCGUUAUAAACAGCGUGUCAGCUGUUAACGCAAUUCCCACAGUCUUUUGUCUGUCACCAUGGGAAAACAAGGAGUAUGAGGAAAAGAUGUGUGGACCAGGGGCAUGGUUGAGUGGUUGGCAUGUUCGAUAUCUUUUGCCUUCAGUAGGCUGCUAUAUGUUUCUCUGCUUUGUUUUGAAAGACUUGGGUCUAAACGUUAGACCACUGAACUGUUGAAGCAAAGGAAAUGGUUUGCUAUGUUGUUUAUAUGAAAGCUUAAAUCUAUACGUUUCGUUAUGCGAUUGUAUGCGUGCACAAACUACACAACAUCUGAGAUGUUACAAUGUCCGAGGGGAAUUUUACAAUGCAUUUACUUGAAGAACAGUGCAGAUGCAAAGUUUGGUAACAGAAUGACUGCACAAACAGCACACACAGUCAUUCUGUUACCAGACUUUUAUGUACUCUCAAUAAUUCAAUGAUUGUUUUAUAGUCCUUUGUUAUGCAUUGAAAUGUUUGGCUUUAUUUAUACUGAACAAAAAUAUAAACACAAUGUGCAACAAAAGACUAUUGAGUUACAGUUCCUAUCAGGAA